GCCCCUCAAGGCAGGGUGGGGAAGUUUCCGGGCUCCUCGGGGUUAAAAGGAAAGGCUGGGCCAGGGGUCCCGGGCAGAGGGUUCUGGCGGCCCAAAGGCGAAGGGGCACUGAGGUCUCCUGUCCCUCCCUUCGGAGGCUCCCAGCCUCUGUCCAGAUCAUGAGACCCCCACACCUCCGCCUCUCCGUGGCCCCGGGCGCCCUGGCCCUAACGAAGCUGCUGCUGCCGCUGCUGAUGGUGCAAUUAUGUGCUGCCGAGGGGGUGCUGCUCCCCUUAAACUACACCUACGAGGACCGCCAGGCCUCCAGCGCCCCGUGCCCGCGCGGCUCGCAGCCCUGGCAGGUCUCUCUCUUCAAUGACUUCUCGUUUCACUGCGCGGGGGUCCUGGUGGACAGAAGCUGGGUGCUCACGGCGGCGCACUGCGGGAUCAAAAAGCCGCUGUGGGCUCGAGUGGGCGACGACCACCUGCUGCUCCUGCAGGGGGAGCAGCUGCGCCUGACCUCGCGCCCCAUCAUCCACCCCAAGUACCGCCAGGGCUCCGGGCCCCUCCUGCACAGGCGCACUGAUGAGCAUGACAUCAUGCUGCUGAAGCUGGGCAGGCCGGUGGUGGAGCGCGCCAACGUCCAGACCCUGCGCCUGCCCUACAGCUGUGCCCAGCCCGGGGACCAGUGUCAGGUGGCCGGCUGGGGCACCACGGCCAACCGGAAAGUGAAGUACAACAGGGGAUUGAGCUGCUCCCAGGUCACCAUCCUGAGCCCUAAAGAGUGUGAGGUCUUCUACCCAGGAGUGGUCACCCGCAAUAUGAUGUGUGCGGGGCUGAAUGGGGGUCAGGACCCCUGCAAGAGUGACUCCGGUGGCCCUCUGGUGUGUGAUGGGACCCUGCAGGGCAUCCUGUCCUGGGGCGCUUACCCCUGCGGCUCUGUCCCACACCCCGCUGUCUACACUCAUAUCUGCAAGUACACCUCCUGGAUCAAGAAGACCAUACGCUCCAACUAGCCCGGAUGCCACCUGCCGCCUCUGUCCCUCCUCCUCUCCCUCUUCUGAGACGGACUGGACUGUCCUCCCAGCCCCCAGCCCAGCCCAACCAAGAGAAUCUGGGCAACCAUGAAGUUUUCUGUCCCCCAACCUGGCUUCCUCCACCUCCCCCUGCUGUGUGACCUUUGGCAAGCACAAUGCCCUCUCUAGGCCUGUUUCCUCACAGGGAAAACGGGGCCAGUGGAGUGCCUACCUCAUGCGUGUGUUGUGGGGAGCUGGUGAUAAAAUGUGUGAUCACCAUCUGAAUGAAGCAUCAGCACUGUGGGUGGUGAGCCCUGACUUGUGCUUGCCACCCAUGGUUACGUGCUAGUGAGAUUGUGUGACUUGGGGAGCAGAGCACAGUACUAUCCCCAGCCCCAAUGCUCACGUGCACACACACACACACACACACACACACACACACACACACACACAACUUUCCUGGUGGCUGAGGGAGCAUCACACUCUCCAGCCUCCUCCUCCAGCUUCCUCUCAAGUUCUGAGAGGCUCCUUUAAAGGAAGACUUCCACCUUCCCUCCCACUGCUUCCUGUGCCUGGGUCCGCCCAGCCGGGUACCUGCCUUCCCAGGUCCACGGGAGCUCAGUGGACCUCAUCCCUCUGCCCUUCCCAGCCUCUGAGACCAGGAGACCUCUCCCCCACUCCCAGUGCUGGGUUCAUGCAGAGAAGCCCUCUCUCAAAUGUAGAGAACAGGAGCUGAGGGGCAGCUGGCUAGACUCACCUCCCUACCCCUCACCUGCCUUGAAUUGAAAUCAUCACCAUGGACACCAAGUUCAAACCUGUUCCCACUCCACCCAGUGCCCCUUUCAGUCUGUGGGAGAAGGGGUCCUGUCCUCUCCCUGCUCUCACGCUCUCUCUCUAUAAUAAACGUGCUCUGCUUA